AUGGUUGGCGGCGUCCUAGGUCUUCAUCGUCUCUAUCUUGAACAAAUACCUGAAGCAUUCAUCUACAUCUCGACCGGCGGAGUAUUUCUAUUGGGAGUUUUGUACGAUAGCUUCACCUUAGGCAAACAAGUUCAGUUCUACAAUAUGCUGAAAUUAGGCGAGGGAGAAGAGAUGAAGAAAUACAAGUACGACUUCAAUGUGACAUUAGAUUCGAGCCAUUCAGAGCAGGAAAUUAGGAAUGGAAAGCUGAUGACGAACCUGUCUCGCGUAGUGCCUUUUUCACUUCAGAGAUUUGCUGCAUCUGUUGCUUAUGCCAUACUUUUGCUCAUGGUUGGCGGCGUCCUAGGUCUUCAUCGUCUCUAUCUUGAACAAAUACCUGAAGCAUUCAUCUACAUCUCGACCGGCGGAGUAUUUCUAUUGGGAGUUUUGUACGAUAGCUUCACCUUAGGCAAACAAGUUCAGUUCUACAAUAUGCUGAAAUUAGGCGAGGGAGAAGAGAUGAAGAAAUACAAGAAUGGAAAGCUGAUGACGAACCUGUCUCGCGUAGUGCCUUUUUCACUUCAGAGAUUUGCUGCAUCUGUUGCUUAUGCCAUGUGGCUUGGUUUCCUUUGUUGGACGGCCGGCAGUGUGACGUUCGGUAAAUCAACGCGUGACAGCCAUCUCAUGGUGUCAGCUUUAGCAGCGGCAGUGACGGCUGGUGUCUACAUAAUCGGGAAUUGCGGCAGAGAAUGCAGAGAUCUUGUGUAUAUGUGGCUGGGAAGCUUUUCAACCACUUUCAUUCAUUUGCGUUUCAUCGAAGAUAACUUCUUGCGAUCUUUACUAUUUGCUGCCGUCGUUGCUACGUGGCUUGGCAACAGAACAGCGCGGACGAGGAGUUCCUUGCAUCGACCUUUCACGUGGAAACAUCUCUUGUUCUGGACCUCCUUGUUCGGUCUCCUACUUGGAGUCAUUGCUGUUGGAGCUACACGUCACAUCUUCCACAGGAGGGUCUCAGCCACUGUCCGAGGAGAGUCCACCGUGACGACAUCAGUUGGUGCGCUCUUCUAUGACCGGUUAAUGGACCAACAGCGCGCUCACAAGUUCUUCGAGGGUGAUCCUGCAUUGUCGUUUGGCUCUUCAGCGAAAGGAAUGUGGUGGGAUGUUGACCUAGUUGGGAGAGCUCCUGCAUGGGCAGACAUGGCAGCCGUUUUUGUUGUUGAUUUGAUCCAUCAGGAAACAAGAGUUUUGGAGAAGCGUAGCAAAGUUGAGCCGUUAAAAUGGGCUCUGUGGAGAAUGUACUUGAUCACGAAGUUCGACACAUCUGCGUUCAUCGCUCAGAAAGAACUUCUACGGCUUUGUGCUAAAUGGACUGAAGAGCAAGCUGCUACGAGGCCGAAACCGGGUCCACCUGAGAGAGGAAAAGGAGUUCAGGAUUACCGUUUUCUUGGCACUGCUAGAGCAUGUGACAUUGUCAGUAAAUGA